AUGUAUAAUCCUUCUAAGGACAUGACAUACAUUAUGAAGAUUCCCGAGAUAACAUGCAAGGUGAAUUGUCACUUCAAGGAUGGUUGGUUGCUUAUGCGCAAACAUAGGUUAUCAGACGGGUUAUUUUUCUUCAAUGCAUUCACUCAUGAGCUCAUCGAUUUGCCUAACUGUGGGUAUUAUAACGGAUGCGUUAUUUUUACUUGUGCUCCUACAUCCAAUAGUUAUUUGGUUUUCGGCUUGGCAAACAAUGUCAACAACAAAAAUCUUGUCGCAAUCAACACUUUAAGACUCGGCGAAACCAAGUGGGAGACUAACCAUUUUUGGAGCCCUAAGCCUUAUUUUGCUUGUAGCAACAAAGUUCUAUUCUCUAGAGGUCUCUUUUAUUGUCUUGGCAAAUCUGGCUCGCUAGCUGUUUUCAACCCAUCCGACCGAGGAACACUCACCAACUAA